CACAAAUCAAGCACACAGGUUUAUGCUAUUUUACCUCCAAAAUAAUACAAAACAACAGCAAUACUUACAACGAGCAAACGGUGGAUUGUCAACAAAUGAGCUCCUAUUUUGUGAACUCAUUCUGCGGUCGCUAUCCCAAUGGCGCGGACUUCCAGUUACAUAAUUAUGGAGACCAUAAUACGGCAAACGAGCAAUAUAGAGACUCAACAGCCAUGCAUUCCAGCAGGUACGGCUAUGGCUACAACGGGAUGGACCUAACAGUCGGACGGCCCGGUACCGGACACUUUGUGGGCAGCGAGCGGACGCAGGGCUACUCCCCGAGUCACUCAGCGGCGACAACACCCUCAGUGGAGCCAGUCAGGUACACGCAAUCCACCAACAGCACCGGGACCACGUCUUUAUCACCACCACCUGACCCUCUGCCGUGCUCCUCGGUCGCCAGUUCGUCUCCGGUCACCGAGUCUCAAACUCAACACCGAGCCGUGAAAAACUCCCUAACGAGCCCAUGCUCGAGCUCGAACGGAGGCACGCUGCUGCUCAGCCGGGACUGUGUGUCCAAAGCUUCCCCUCUCCAGGAGGAGAAGCCUGCGGGAAGUGCACCGACAACUCCUCAAAAUGUCACCGACUCGACACAGCCUCAGAUAUAUCCGUGGAUGAGAAAACUACACAUAAGUCAUGAUUUAGCAGGACCAGAGGGGAAGAGAGCCAGGACUGCUUACACCCGGUACCAGACCCUGGAGCUGGAGAAGGAGUUCCACUUCAACCGGUACCUGACCCGCAGGCGGAGGAUCGAGAUAGCCCAUGCCCUCUGCCUCUCAGAGAGACAGAUCAAAAUCUGGUUUCAGAACCGCAGGAUGAAGUGGAAGAAAGACAACAAGCUGAAGAGCAUGAGCAUGGCGGCUGCAGGCGGGGGAGGCUACAGGCCUUGAUACUCACCCCUGCAUCCCUGACAACGAGUACUAUAAAAAAAUUCAAAAAAACAUAAUCGUCAUAUCAACUUCUUCUCCAACUAUUUCAAAAAAAAGCGCAGAGACUUGUUAACAGGGCUGUGUGCGGGACAUGGGACACCCCACUCAAGCCCUCUGUAUGUCCAACAACCGUCCCAUUAUAUUCCUUAAUAUUAUUUCCUUUUUAUUUCCACCGUGGUAAUGCUUAUGUGAGUAAAAAAGAAACCGCAUUAUGUACAGUUCUGUCUAGAUUUAGAGGAAAAGGAAACACAUGAAAAAUAAAUGUUUGUUUAAGUUAUUUCUUGUUCAUAAGAAAAAAUGAAAGCCUGAAAUACUACCUACCGCAAAUAAAUCCAGUAAAAAAAGUUGUGUAAUGCACUCAGAACAACAACAGCCUAAUAAAUAGAAGGUUGGGGUUGGGCUGCCUUUGUGUUUAGCCUUCGUUUUCUAUGUAUGUACUGUAUAUGUAUGUAUUUAUUUGUUUGAUGUAUUGUACCAACUUGUUCAGAUAACUUGCUUCCAAAAAGUAGAGCCAGCAAAGUAAGCCUUGUGUGUUUUUUUGUGUGCGUUGUGAACAAAUGUAUGGAAAGAGGUGCCGACUCGGUCUUGUAUGUACAGUAGCUGUGCCUUUUUAUCUUUUUUUGUUUUGAGGGU